ACAGCGUCCGAUGAAUAGGACGUCUCGCGGGUGCUCUCGGAUAUGUGUGCACAGUUAGCGCGCUAUCACUUGUGUUUAUAGGUCUCAGAUUAGUGCUGUUUCCCGUGAACUGCGCAUUGUAGCGCCAAGUGCGAUUAGAUAAAGACAGCAAUAUCAUUCACAGAUGUAGUCGCCGUCUCUCUCAACUGUCAAGUUCCAUAAAUUUCCACAAAAUCAGCUGAUAGCUUGUGGUAGCCGCGACUAGCUCGCUACCGCUGGCGCUAGUGACUUGAGCAGCUAUCUCCCGGCGCUCGUUCGUGUUUUUGUGUUUUGCGUCAGUCAUGAUCCGGUAGCGCGAGCAGAUGGAUGUCGCGAACACAAACGGUCCGUCGCUGCGGCUCCGCGGCGGCGUCAACAAUCACAGUGACGGUAAAAAACAUGAAUUGAAUCUGUGCACUAGUGCAAUGUCGGCGGAGACCAAGCGUCUCCUGCCGCCCACAUCGGAGACUAUCAUGACGAAGCCGUUCCCUAUAAGAGGUGAACGUGCAAACUAUGUAAACAUUCCUCAUGUGAUUGCGAUGGUGGGUCUGCCCGCUCGAGGCAAGACUUAUAUAUCUAAGAAAUUGUCACGGUACCUGAACUGGAUAGGCAUUAACACAAGGGUAUUCAAUUUGGGUGAAUACCGGCGGCAUGCGACAACCGCGUACACGAGUCAUGAGUUCUUCCGCGCUGACAACAAGGAGGCGAUGGCGAUACGACAGCAGUGCGCGCUGGACGCCCUGCACGAUGUAUGCGAGUGGCUCGUUAAAGGUGGAGAGGUCGCUGUGUUUGACGCAACUAAUUCAACAAUGGAACGGCGGCGGAUGAUUCGUGAUAUCGUUGUGAAUAAAAUGGGCUUCAAGUUAUUCUUUGUGGAGAGUAUUUGUGAUGACCCAAGGAUCAUUGAACAGAACAUUAUGGAAGUAAAAGUAAGCAGUCCGGACUACACAAACAUACAGAAUAUGGACAAUGUUCUUAACGACUUUUUACUCCGGAUAGAGCAUUACAAAGAGAAAUAUGAGCCGUUAGAUGAGGCGCUGGAAGCAGAGUACAGUUUCAUGAAAAUAUAUGACACCGGGGAGAAGGUGGUCGUCCACAAACACGAAGGACAUAUACAAAGUCGUAUUGUCUAUUAUUUAAUGAAUAUUCAUAUAGUACCUAGGACUAUAUAUUUGACCAGGCACGGUGAGAGCAUGCACAACUUGGUGGGCCGUAUCGGGGGAGACAGUGAGCUGUCUGGGCGCGGGCGGCAGUACGCGGGCGCGCUCUCCACCUACAUAGAGCAGCAGCAGAUCCCCGGCCUGCGCGUCUGGACGUCGUGGAUGAAGCGCGCCAUACAGACGGUGCGGGAUGUGCGCGCGCCGCAGGAAAGAUGGAAGGCUCUCAACGAAAUUGAUGCGGGUAUCUGCGAAGAGAUGACGUACGCGGAGAUCCAAGAGAAGUACCCUUCGGACUUCAACGCACGCGACGCUAACAAGUUCGCAUACCGCUACCCUCGGGGUGAGAGCUACGAGGACCUGGUGGCGCGCCUCGAGCCCGUCAUCAUGGAGCUGGAGCGCCAGGGCAACGUGCUGGUCGUCUCCCAUCAGGCCGUCAUGCGCUGUCUGCUCGCCUACUUCCUAGACAAGUCUGCAGAAGAACUGCCGUACCUGCACGUGCCGCUGCACACGGUGAUCAAACUGACGCCGGUGGCGUACGGCUGCCGCGAGGAGCACGUCGCGCUGCCCGUCGCCGCCGUCGACACGCACCGCGCCAAGCCCGCGGUGAUCCCCGCCCCGCGCAUCAAGCCGCCCGCCGCGCUCGUCAACGGCGACACGAAUGGCGAACAAAUCGUUGAAACUCCAUCCCAUUAACAAGUCGUAGCGAAAUAACACAAUUAUAUUCAAGCUUAAUUUAAUAAAUACACAUCCUAAGUUUGACAAAGAUUAAAGAAGGCAGUGCAUAAUCUAUGACUUGGUGGCAAAGAUUAAAAAUAUCUGUGCAUAAUCUGUGACAUGGCGUGUGUGGUAUGGCGGCGAACUUGAGACUGAUGUUAGUGAGUUUAGACAUCUAAGUCAUGUUAUCGUGUAUUUAAAAUGAAUAAAUAUGUAAAAUAUGAAAUCAAAUUUCAUCUAAAUUUAGUCCCUUUAAUCUCGAAGCAGCGCCGAGUUGCAGUGGAAGGCUUUUUAUUACAAAAAUACGCGUUCAUAGACAAUUAAGAGCAAUUGUUUUCUUAAAUGACUUAUAAGAAACUGUAAAAUUUAAGAAAAAUAUUUGUUUUAAGUGUUAUUCAAUUUUAUUUUACGGUUCAGAACAAUUUCUUUAAUAAUUUUUACCCCAUAUUUUAUUAAUAAAAAUCAUUACAGCCCAAUGUUGGUGCAAUAAAUACAUGUACAAUUUUUUUUUCAUAAUUUCUAAAUAGUUUCUGUACUUUUAAGUACAUUGUUGUUUCUAAGCUUUGUAAUUUAUUUAUUGCUACAGAUUGCUAUUUUUAUUUUAACGUGACAAUUAUUUUUUUCAGACAUUGUGACUCGGCGCUCGUAUAUUUUUUUAGGGUGUCUCGUCUCUAUUUUAUUUACCUACGACCAUUAUAAAUAUAAAUGUAUUUAACUACUUAUAUAAGUUUUUACAAAGUGGCUACAUAUAAAAUAUUGUAAUUGUUAAUAUAAUUUUUUUAAAUAUAAGCGUAUUAUAAACGGG